AUGAGGUUGGUCAGCGCUGGGAUCCGGGCCCGCAGGGCUGCAGAGCCAUCCGAACCAGAGGAAACAACAGAGCCGGUUCAUCACGAGCACUCCCAUACAGAACACCAUGAGCACUCCCAUACAGAACACCACCCUAGCCAUGACUACAACCACAUGAAAGACAAGUUCAUGAAUGAACUCAGUCACCUACCAAUUCCCAUGUGGGCUGUAGCAGCCAUUGUUGUGGUGGCCCUGGUUUUGGUGGCUUGCUGCAUCUUCUGUGUUUUCAAGAAAUGCUUUGGGAAAAAGAAAAAGCCAAAGAAAGUGAGGGAGGGAAAGACAGGUCGCCGCAGAAAGGCAAAGGAAGGUGAAGGAGCAGCCGGAGAAAAGGAGGGGGAGGUGAAGAAGGAAGGGGAGGAAGAAGAGAAAGAACAGGAAAAAUUGGGUAAGCUGGAGUUCUCCUUGGACUACAACUUCACAGAUUGCCAGCUCAUAGUGGGUAUCCUUCAGGCUCAGGAUCUCGCUGCUAUGGACAUGGGGGGCACCUCAGACCCCUAUGUCAAAGUCUUUUUGUUGCCAGACAAAAAGAAGAAGUACGAAACCAAGGUCCAACGCAAGAAUUUGUGCCCCGUUUUCAACGAGACUUUCAUUUUCAAGAUUCCAUACGCAGAGUUGGGUGGAAAGACCUUGGUGCUGCAAGUUUUUGACUUUGAUCGUUUCUCCAAGCAUGAUAUGAUCGGUGAGAUAAAGAUUCCCAUGAACAGUGUUGAUUUGGGCCAGCCAAUGCAGCAGUGGAGGGAUCUGGAGAGUGGUGAGAAGGAAGAGCAAGAAAAACUGGGUGAUAUUUGCAUUUCUUUGCGGUAUGUGCCCACCGCUGGGAAACUUACAGUGAACAUCAUGGAGGCGAAGAAUCUGAAGAAAAUGGAUGUUGGUGGAUUAUCAGAUCCAUAUGUGAAGAUUGUUCUGCAGCAAAAUGGAAAACGCAUCAAGAAGAAAAAGACGACAGUCAAGAAGAACACACUUAAUCCCUACUUUAAUGAAAGUUUUAGCUUUGAUGUCCCUUUUGAGCAGAUACAGAAAGUGCAGGUGGUCAUUACAGUGUUUGACUAUGAUAAACUCGGGAGCAAUGACCCCAUUGGAAAGACCUUCAUGGGUUAUGGAGCUACAGGUGUAGGCCUGCGCCACUGGUCGGAUAUGCUGGCCAAUCCCAGACGUCCAGUAGCUCAGUGGCACACUCUCCUGCCAGAGGAAGAAGUUGAUGCAGCAGUCAAAGCAAAACCUCGCUAG